AGCCCCCUCCUUCCUUCCUCUCUUCCUCCCUCCCUUCCUCUUUCUCCUCCUUCCUUCCCUCCCUCCCUGCCAUGAAUGGAGCUGCCUGCCUGCCUGACUGACUGACUGGCGGCGGAGGAAGAAGAAGAAGAAGACCACCGGCGCCCGGAUCGGCCUCCUCCAAGGCCCCUGCCCCAAAGCAAGAGACCCCCGGAGAGGCAGACCCCUCCGUCCUUUGCCAAACUUUGCCCGCCGAAGGAGGAGAAGGAGGAGAAGGAGAAGGAGCAGGCGAACGCGGCCUCGGGCCUUUCUUCCUUCUUCCUUCUCGGGCUCCGCUCUCCUUCCUCAGGGCCGCUCUCCGCGGUGCUGAAAUGGGGGAGGCCGGGGAGGGCGAGGGCGACGCCAUGGGGGCCUCCUGGGGGGCGGCCGGGGCCCUCUGAUCCGGGGCCCCCUCCUCCUCCUCCUCCUCCUCUCCCCCCCCUCCUCGAGGCGCCCUCCGCCCAUGUGGCUGCAGGAGGAUGGACCCCCACCUGAGGAUGGACCCCCGGCUCCUCUGCCUCCACGCCGCCCUCCUGCUCUACUUCAACGGGGCCACCCUCUCCCUGGCAGACCCAGACAGUCCUUCUGCUCCGGUCAACGUCUCGGUCAAACUCUUGAAUGCCAACUCCGCCAUCGUGACCUGGGAUGUCCUGGAAGAGGAAGUGGUCAUUGGGUUCGCCAUCUCACAGCAGAAGAAGGAUGUGCGGAUGCUGCGCUUCAUCCAGGAGGUGAACACCACCACGCGCUCGUGCUCGCUCUGGGACCUGGAGGAGGACACCGAGUACAUCGUCCACGUCCAGUCCAUCAGCAUCCAGGGCCAGAGCCCGGCCAGCGAGCCUUUCAUCUUCAAGACCCCCCGCGAAGCUGAGAAGCUGGCCUCCAAAAACAAAGACGAGGUUACGAUGAAGGAGAUGGGAGAGAAAAACCAGCAGCUACGAGCGGGAGAGGUCCUCAUCAUCGUUGUGGUCCUAUUCAUGUGGGCAGGGGUGAUUGCGCUCUUCUGCCGGCAGUACGACAUCAUCAAGGACAACGAGCCCAACAACAACAAGGAGAAGGCGAAGAACACCUCCGAGAACAGCACCCCCGAGCACCAGAGCGGGGGGCUCCUGCGCAGCAAGUUCCCCAAAAACAAGCCCUCGGUGAACAUCAUCGAAGCAUGACAGCCGGAUGGACCGGCUCCAUUCUUCCGCACCUGCUGCUUUUCCUUCCCAGAUUUGGACGCCGGGGAAUUGAAAACAGGGUUGUCCUUUGUGCCGCCAGAGACUUCAACCGCUUCCAUCUUUCGACGGAGGAGGAGGAGGAGGCCAAGCCAAGCAAACUCAACCCAAGGUGGAGCAAUCGAAAACUCUUUUAUGGGGAUGAGAGAAUGGAAACGUUCCCAUCUUCGAGGGUCGGGUUUGGACUUGCCGGACUCGCCUGUGCCAUAGAGGCCAAAUCACGGUGCCAUCGUCCACCUCGACUGUCCGUCUCCGUUUCUUCUCUCUGUGGUUCCGCUUCCUCCCAUGGCUCCGUUUUCUAAAUGCAGGGGAUGCUUGCCCAUGAUCUCAGACGCCUCCAACCUCCCAAGGCGAAGGACGUUGCCCCCAAAUCUGCCGUUUUCGCAGGCCCCGAGUGCCGUUUCCCGUAAAUAAACACAAGCACACGACAUUCUCCACCUGGGUUCUCAGGACUCCACCAGCUGCUUCUUUAGAGGUUAUUUUGAGCAGUUGUGAGUUUCUUCUUUCCGGUGCGUGUCGUGCGUCUUGUUCCCUUUCGUCGGAUAAUAAUCAACAGAGAAUGCAAAAAAGAAGAAAAAAAAAUGAAGCCGAAACCAAACCCGUUUUUUCAGCGCUGCAUAACGGCAAGAUCCGUCCAAAUAGCAUCGCAUUUUGUUUUUCCACUCGAUUGCAAAAAUUGUAUGUAUUUUAUACUGGUUUAUCUGCCUGCCGUGGCUCCUCUGCACUGUAGAAUGAAUGCAGUUUAAAACUACACUAGAGUCUCACUUAUCCAACAUAAACGGGGUGGCAGAAUGUUGGAUAAGCGAAUAUGUUGGAUAAUAAGGAGAAAUUAAGGAGAAGCCUAUUAAACACCAAAUUAGGUUAUGAUUUUACAAAUUAAGCACCAAAACAAGUUAUACAACAAAUUUGACAGAAAAAGUAGUUCAAUAUGCAGCAAUGCUAUGUAGUAAUUACUUUAUUUACAAAUUUAGCACUAAAAUAUCAUGAUGUAUUGAAAACAUUGACUACAAAAAUGCGUUGGAUAAUCCAGAACAUUGGAUAAGCGAAUGUUGGAUAAAUGAGACUCUACUGUAUUUGAACUGCCAUGACUCCACGGGAUGGACUCUGCUAGGAUUUGGGGUUUGAUGAGGCAUCCUCUCGCUUUGGCAGAGAAGGCUAAAGACCUGGUAAAACUACAACUCCCAUGAUUCCAGACCACUAAGCCAGAGCAGAUCAAGUGUGGUCAAAUUGCAUUCAUUCUACAGUGUAGAUGCACCCCAAAUCCCAGGAAUGGCUGUUUUAUGAUGUGAUGAAACUGUACAGAUGUGGAAAGAGCUUUACCAAUGUGGCUAUUGUGGUUUCCCCCAAUGUAUGGCCUUCCCGGUGGACUUCAAAUCCUAUCCUCCCUGUUGAUGAGGCUGUUUGGGAAUGAUAGUGGUUGUAGUCCAGGACAUUUAGAAAAGGCCAGAUGGAGAAGGAGCCGAUUCCCUUAUCUACAGGCUUUCUUAUAUGCUUUUGGACUACAAAUCCUGUCAAACUCAUCAAUGAGGCUGUUUGGAGAUGAUGGUGGUUGUAGCCCAAGACAUUUCGAAAGGGGCGGAUUUCCUUCAAUUUGCAGCCUUUCCUGAUGUGCUCUUGGACUACAAAUCCUAUCCUCCCCAUCAACGAGGCUGCUUGGAAGUGUUGGUGGCUGUAGCCCAAGACAUUUAGAAAGGGGCUGAUUUUCUCAAAGGUGCAACCUUCCUGAUGUGCUCUUGGACUACAAAUCCUAUCAUCCCUAUCAACUACAGUAGAGUCUCACUUAUCCAACAUAAACGGGCCGGCAGAACGUUGGAUAAGCUAAUAUGUUGGAUAAUAAGGAGGGAUUAAGGAAAAGUCUAUUAAACAUCAAAUUACAUUAUGAUUUUACAAAAUAAGCACCAAAACAUCAUGUUUAACAACAAAUUUUACAGAAAAAGUAGUUCAAUACGCAGUAAUGCUACGUAGUAAUUACUGUAUUUACAAAUUUAGUACCAAAAUAUCAUGAUGUAUUGAAAACAUUGACUACAAAAAUGCGUUGGAUAAUCCAGAACGUUGGAUAAGCGAGUGUUGGAUAAGUGAGACUCUACUGUACCACUAUUUGGGGGUGAUGUUGGUCGUAGUCCAUUUUGAAAGGGCCAGAUUGAGAAGGGGCUGGUUGACCAAGUUCAAAAUCUUGAUUCCAACUGAGGACAGAUAGAUGCCCUAAAAGCUUUUCCUAUUAGCCCUUGCAUUUGGACAGGAAUUUUAAUCUUUGGGAGGGUUUUUUAAUGGAAAGUCUGAGCUAAAACCAAUGCCAUUAAGAUGGCUGGGCAUUGAAGCUUUGUGGAUAUGUCUAAUAUUGGUCAUUUGAGACAGGAAUAAGACAUGUGGCCCAGAAAAAAAACCAUUGUGAAAAGAGGUACUGGAUACCUCCUUGCACUGUAGCAUCAAAAGGACUUACGAUAUAGAGGAUUUGUGUUGCAUUUCCUAGUAUAAAUCACAAAGGUGGUUCUGGCCCCAUAUAACCUUAUCUAAUGACCCCAAACAGGGAGGCUUUCCAUCCUUUUUCCAAAAAGGCAGCAUAAACUAAUGAAUGGCCCUUGUCGCACCUUGUAGCCCUGCCAAGGAAUGGCUCGUUUUGUGACUGUUUUCUUCCAUUUUUCCUGGAUCAAAUGCCGGUUUUAUCGGACGCCUCCCCCGACACUUUCCCCCACAUUUUGGCAGAUCCAAAGUGCAUUUUUUAUUUAAGCAUUGUUCACCUUCAGCCUUGUGUCAUUCUCAAAAACAGCUGUAAAUCCGGGUACAACCGGCACCAUCUGUUUGCAGGAUUGUCAGUAGGAAGUGUAUAUAUUUGUUCUGGAUUUUAGUGCAAACUUUUGAGACCCUUCCAAAUGCCUGAAGCUAUUAUGGAGAGAAAGAGACCCAGUGCUUUGGAUGGGCUUCUCAAAGUUCAGACUAAAACCCAAAACGGAUUUGCAAUCAGAGCCACAAGUCUCCACUCGAUAUAGCCUUUGCUGCAGAAAGACCUUUCUUGAAUCCAGGAUUUGAUUCAUUGGGAUCAGAUCUAAUCCAUCCAAAGCUGUGAAAAUGUACACAAAUACCACAAACAUCUCCAUACUGGAUUUAUAAAAAUGGCUUGUGUUUUUGAAGGAAGUGCUGCAAAAUGGUGAAUGCCGUUCCUUCCUUCGUGUUGCUGCCUUAAUGUGUCUUUGUUAUAGGACUUAAGUUUUCUUUUUAAAAUGUGACUUCUAUGAAAUGUAUUUGGUGCAUUCAUGUAAUCCCCCUCAAACUCCUUAUUUCAACCCCAAUAACAUUAGUCCAAACAUUGAAGGAAGUAUCCAACUUGGAAAGCUGGUUUAGGCUCAACGUCACGGAGAGAUCUUUUCAAGUUCAGACUAAAGAGUCAUAGCACCAUUUGCACCAGUUGCUCCAAAGCAUUAUUUUAUCAGUGAUAGAUCAUGUUAUGUGAUGUCACUGUGAUGACAUCACAAGUCACAUUUUGAGAAUUCAGAGGAAUGCCAUAUAUAUUUCUUUCUCAAGCUUGCUUCCAUCUUUUGUGCCAUUUUUUUUAAGUUCAAAGGGAAGAGGAACUAAGUCUCUUUUAGCCAAGGAGGCCUGUUCGAAAUGGAGACAAAAAACAGGGGUUUUUCCAAGCUUUCCGUCUGCGUGUAUAGCUCACUUUUCAAGCCGAGCGCUUGGUUAAUUUCAAACACGAGGCGUGAUCCGUUCCGGGACGCACUGCUCACCAUUGCACACUUGUGUCGUCGCACGAGGGAACGGCAGCCCUUUCCGGAGCCUCCCAGCCGCCCCAAACCGCCCGACUUGAGCGACCAAGGAAAAGGUUGUUAGCUGUGAUAACCGUCUGAGCAAUAAACCAUGUUUUUAAACGCA